GUUGCAGCUGCUUCUUGUUCUCACAUACAAAACUGCACCUCAGCCUAACACAGAUCCAAUAGCAGAUUACUGAAACAGAUACUGCAAGACAGGCAAUCACAGGGACUCAGAGCGGCAGAGUUCUCCGCUGGGUGAAAUCUCCUAGGUGAUGUGACAAAAAAGCCUUUGGGGGAAAUAAUUACUAUGAAAAGCAGGAUUUUAGGGAUGUUAAUGGACACAGAUGGAUCUUUAAGAAAGACAUUGUGUAUGUCAAAAUGUCCUAGCAUUGGAGAAAACAUUGACUAAUCUUAGUAUCUAGAAGGUGGUUACUGAGGAGUCUAAAAUCUAGCAUCUUAGAGUUUAUGAUUGUAGAUAAGGGACAGUGACAGAAUCCACUGGGUGCUGGAUUUAAUGCUGAGACAUGCGAAACAAUAGCCCCGGGAACUGUGAGAAGAAAGAUCAUGGAAAAGUCAAGUAGUGAGGAUUCCUCAAUUCACAGGAGUCCGUCUGUGGACAGUAGAGACUCUGCUAAACCUUCUACCUCAGGCAGGGAUUUCGGUAGAGGGUUUACAGCCGGAGCUUUCUUUGGUACCGCUGGAUCUCGUACGCAGAGCCACGCUGGUGUAAAAAAGGACAAGUACACUGCACCCAAAGGGGGAAAAUAUGUGGUCUUUUAUUUGGAUCUAUCCUUUGUUUUCCUUCUAGAAUUUAAGAAGUGCAACAUGGCAAGAGGCUGUCUGUGUUGUUUGAAAUACAUGAUGUUCCUGUUUAACUUAAUAUUUUGGCUCUGCGGUUGCGGAUUAUUAGGAGUGGGAAUAUGGUUGUCUGUUUCACAAGGAAAUUUUGCAACGUUUUCUCCCAGCUUCCCAUCACUUUCAGCUGCAAACUUAGUCAUCGCCAUCGGUACAAUAGUGAUGGUGACUGGCUUUCUUGGUUGUCUAGGUGCUAUCAAGGAAAACAAGUGCCUACUUUUGAGUUUUUUCAUCAUAUUGCUGAUAAUUCUGUUAGCAGAGCUUAUUUUGCUUAUCCUAUUCUUUGUAUACAAGGAUGAGAUCAACGAGAAUGCAAAGCAGGACUUGAAAGAAGGUUUAUUGCUUUACAAUACAGAAAAUAAUGUUGGACUGAAGAAUGCGUGGAACAUUAUUCAGGCUGAAAUGCACUGCUGUGGGGUGACUGAUUAUACUGAUUGGUAUCCAGUAAUGGGAGAUAACCGUGUUCCAGACCGAUGUUGUAUGGAGAAUUCCCAGGACUGUGGUCAUAAUUCCACCAGUUUAGUUUGGAAAACAGGCUGUUAUGAAAAAGUAAAAAUGUGGUUUGAUGACAACAAGCAUGUUCUUGGCACGAUUGGAAUGUGCAUUCUCAUAAUACAGAUUCUUGGCAUGGCCUUCUCAAUGACUCUCUUCCAGCAAAUACACAGGACUGGUAAAAAAUAUGACGCCUAAGACUUCUCCUGGAAAUAUGCAUCUGUAUAAUUUUCCACAAAAAGUACAAGAUCCACGAACAAACACCAGGCAUUUUCCACAAGGCCAACAAUCCACCUUUUCAGCUUCACACUAACCUGACUUAACAGUAAAAACAGGUUGCUUGACUUAUGUUUCUGCAUAUUGCAUUUGCUAUUAAUUUUGCCAAAGAAGAAAGAAAAUACAGAAAAGUCAAUUUUCUCCAUAGACCUGCUCAAAUAUUCUUCAAACUUGAAAGAAAGAGCUUUGCUUACUGAUAUACUUAAAACUUAUACCAAUACAUGACAGAUAAGCUUGUGCUUCUAAAUUGUCCUUUGUCUUAACCAGCAGAAGACUACCAAGCAGAAGACUUAUUGAAGCCAUUGAAAACUGGUACAUGAAAAAAUUCAAGGGCACCAGUUUGCAUGGAUUUUGACUGCAAUCUUUUGUACUUUAUUUAAGAUGUUUUGUUACUGACUUAGAUUAGAAAUAGUGUUUUCAUUUACAUAAUGUUUUAUUUUCCAUUCUACUUGUUUCUUUUUUUGUUUUGAUCCAAAAAGUACUGUGUGAUGUUUAAAGGAGGUUUUGGAACAUAAAAAUGCAUAACAAUAACUUAAGGGUUAAAACACCAAAAUAUUUUGUGUAAUUCUGUAUUACAGCUAUCUGAUUUCAGCUAUCCUAUUUGUUUUUAAUUAACUUUCACAACAGCUGUUAUCUUUCAGAGCUGAAGGGUAUGUCAAGACAAAUACUAUUUUCUCCAUCUGUGCGUAGAUUGUAGGUUAAACGUUCAUUUCUUCAAUGUUUUAAUUCUGUAAAUUUUUAAAGCAACAAUCCACCUACAGUCUGAAUAGUUUACUCAAUAACUACAUGGAAGAAAUUUCCCUAUCUAAAUAGGCAUUCCCAGAAGGGGCAUUUCCAAUUUGAUGGUACCACCUAUGUUACAACAAGUGGAGACAAGUGUUGCAUGUUUGAAAAUAAAAUGUAUGUUAUAAUUCACGUGGGGAAUUCAGAAAUAAUGUAAUUUGUAUUCUAAAAAAAUCAACUU